UUCUUUAUGCUAGCGUGUGCGUGCAGAUGCUACCAGCAAGUGCGAGCUCGAGGCAACAAAUUUUGACUGCGGCGUUUUCGUUUUUUUUCACAAAUUAUGGCGGAAAUUGAAGAAAUCAGGAGGCCAGAAGACGAAUUAGACGACGAUGAUGAUAUAGACGAUGAGGACAUUGAAGAUGAGACGGUGUUUGAGCGGCUGGUGGGUCUCACAGAGAUGUUCCCAGACAGCCUGCGGAAUGGAGUGUCUGGGGUGACCUCACUGUCGGUGUCUGGUACCAAGUGGCUGUACCAGUUCACACGGCGGAGUCUGUGGGUCGUCAGCACAUCCUUUAUGAUUCUGGUCCUCCCUGUCAUCUUCGAGACAGAGAAGGCACAGAUGGAGCAGCAGCAGUUGCAGCAACAAAGACAGAUUCUUCUUGGGCCAAAUGCUGCUGUUUCUGGAGGAAUGCAAGGGGGCAUUGCUGGCAUGCCCCUACCCCCUGGCAUGCAACCUCAACCAAGAUAACUUCUGCAACAACUGAACUUCAGUUAGACAUGUUUAGUCCUUAGAAUUUCAAAUUAUUAGCUAUUAGGGUAAAGGCAUGAAAAGGUAACACAAGACAUAUGUAGAAAUAUGUCACAGUUCAUUCCAAUCAUGUUAGUGGAUGCAGUAUUAGCAGAGGUCAGUUAUGUGAAUUGAACAUGGAUGCAACUACUGUUCUUUUUGUUUAAUAGUUUGGAUGACAAAAUGUUUCAAGUUAACAUUCAAGUACAAUUUACCUUAAAAUUUUGGCCAAAGGAAAGGGUACAAACUAUCUUUGAACAGCUGUGAUAUUCCGUACUUCCCUACUUUUUCAACAAAAAAUUCCCAAAGUUGAGCUUCUUGAACUUGAUAAAUUGAGCUUCUUGAACAGGUUAUAAUGAAAACUGCAAGAAUAAGCUUUUUCUCUGUAUUGCCUACAGAAAAUAAAGAAUAGCCAGAAG